GUGGGGCUCUGUUUGCUCUCAAUCUGCUGCUGCCCUGUGCCCUCCAUCCCUCUUGCUUAGACGGGCUGACACUGAACGGGAGUUAUCCGACGAGGACUGAGGAGGAUGGCGAAGCAGAUCUGCUACAGAUGAAGGAAGUCUGGUGUAGAAGCUGAGCCAGAGGAGAGCCCUGGCAGCAGCAGCAGUAGCAGCAACAGCAGAAGGGCUGUAGAUGCCCUUUCCUCAGGUGCAGCUCCAGCCCAGGCCUCUGCUGGAGAGCCGGGUCAAAGAGGGGACAGCUCCUGCUCUGACUCUGAUAGCCUUAUAGACUCUAGUUCCAGUGAGGAGGAGGACAAAGUAGAAGAAGCAGACCCAGCCAUGUUCUCCUCCAAAUUUCUCAGUGGGGCGAAUCCCCUGAAUGCUAUGUCUUCUGCUGUGAAUAAGUUUGGCUUGUUCGGAGAUGAUGGGGAAGGGGAUAAAAAGUCACCUCCUCAACAGGGGAGGAAAGCAUCAGGAGAACCACAACCCGGACCUGGCCCUGGAAAAAACACGCAACAAGAACAGGCACCCCAAAAAUCCAACCAGGGUCCCCUUAUGCAAAAAUCCCAGCCUCUCCCUAAACAGGGAUCACCACAGCUACGUGGCAAUGGACAGACUGCUCCACCAACAAAUAAACCUGCAGGACAACAAACUAAAGAUCCACCCCAGCAGAGUUCACCAAAGCAUGGAAUUCAACAUCAGGUUCCAGCAAAGGAUGAAGCACAACCUGUAUCUUCAAAACAAGUUCCACCCAAGUUGAAAGAACAACAGGACUCUGCUAAGAGUAGUGUACAAAAUCAAGAACUUUUAAAGGCUGGGGUACAGGGUCCCACAAACACUGGGUCAGAGAAAGUAAGCCAACAACAGCAGUCGUCACCAAAAACUAGACAACAACUGCACUCACCUAAGGUAGGACAACAGCAGAAAGGGGGCAAAAAUCAAAUAUCCGAUAGACAACAAGACAUUAAGUACCCAGGCACACCUGAAGUGACACCUGUUGGCUCUCCAUCAUUGGGAGCAACCAAAGCCAGACCUCAGUCAAAAGCAGUUUCUAAACCUCUUUGCCCAGUGUGUAACACAACAGAACUUAAUAUCCAUACCAAGGAAUCACCUAACUACAAAACCUGCACACAGUGUAAAACUGAGGUGUGCAGCUUAUGUGGCUUCAGUCCUCCAGACACUGAUGGGCAUGAGUGGCUUUGCCUAAACUGCCAAAUACAAAGAGCUCAAGGAACUUCAGAGCCACCAGGACCUCCUAAGAAAAGGCCUUCUGCUCCUCAAAACCAGAAACCACCACCUGGUGAACCUACAAAAAAGGACAUUUCAGCACCAGGUUCAUCACCGAAAGUACAGUCUAAACCAAUAAAAGUGCCAGCUAGCGAUGAACCUCCUAAAGGACCAGAAAAUCCAAAACAAGGUGCCCGGUUAGGUCAAGCUCAGAGAAUGACACCAGAUUCUCAGCGAGCAUCAGGAUCUCCAAAAAUGCAUCCAAGUGGUCAACCUGGCCAAACGCAAAGCAGGGUUACUCCAGCUCCACAGCAGGCAUCUGGAGGUUUAUUUGGCUUUAGUAGUGGUGCUAAAGGUGAAUCUGCAAAACCAGAUGAGUCAGCAACGGGGAAGAUGUUUGGUUUUGGUUCCUCACUUUUUAGUUCUGCAUCUACCUUAAUUGGCUCAGCUGUUCCGGAUGAACCCAAAAUCACACCAGUUUCUCCCAAAAUGCAGCUCACAAAGGACAGUAAGGCAGCUUCUGGCCAAAAGUUAGAACUAGAAAAAAAGCAGCAACAACCUCAGGAUAAAAAGACUCAGUCAGCAGUGCAGAAAGCAGGAAAAUCCCCUGCAGAGGCUCCAAAGGCAGCAACAGUCUCCCUCAAUCCUAUCGACAAGGGCCAAUCCAUUUGUCCGAUUUGUAAGAUGGUUCUUAAUGUUGGCUCAAAGGAUCCUCCCAACUACAACAGCUGCACAGAAUGCAAAAGCACUGUCUGCAAUCAGUGUGGAUUCAACCCCAUGCCAAAUGUAAAAGAGGAGAAAGAGUGGCUUUGUCUGAAUUGCCAGGUGAAACGAGCUGCUGCAGGAACUGAACCACAGAAAAAAACGCUCUUGGCUGAUUCAUUUAAAAAGACAACUGCAACAUCGCCUGGACCUGAAAGGACUUCUGCUCCUGGUUCUCCUCAGAAAAAAGAAUCAACAGUAGCUGUAAAACAAGUCAAGACUGAAGGACCAGUAAGCCAAAGGCAAGCUGGCCAAGCUCCUGGACAGAAGACACCUCAGCAGAGCCAAAGGAUAGAUCCUCAGAAACAAACCAACCAGACCACCAAGCCUCCACAAAAAACUGGAAAUGCCACAACGCAAGAGUCUGGAGGCCUCUUUGGUUUUGGUGCGCCUAAAAGUCAAAGUGAUGCAGCAAAACCUGCCGAAUCAGUGACUGGGAAAAUGUUUGGUUUUGGUACCUCCAUCUUUAGCUCUGCUUCAACUCUAAUUACUUCAGCUGUCCAUGAUGAUCCCAAAACUACAGCGCCUGUUUCUCCGAAGUUGUCCCCUGCAAAGGAUCCCAAAUCUCUCACAGUCAAAAAGCAAGAACAGGAGAAAAAGCCACAGCAGGUACAGCAAACCCCGGGUCCAACACCAGUGCAGCCAGAAGCAGAUAAACCUCCCUCAGAACUGCCAAAGAAAGAAUCAGCCUCACCACUUAUUUCCAGAAUGUCUGAUUCCACCUGUCCUCUCUGUAAAGUAAAACUGAAUGUGGGCACCAAGGACCCUCCAAACUACAGCACCUGCACAGAGUGCAAAAUUGUUGUCUGUAACCAAUGUGGAUUUAAUCCCACACCAAAUGUAAAGGAGAUCAAAGAGUGGUUAUGUCUCAACUGCCAGGUGCAAAGAGCACUUGGGGCAUCUGAGCCUCCAGGAACACCUGUGAUGAAAUUACGAGCCUCUCCAAACAAAACAUCUGCAUCUGCUGAUGCUAUAAGGAAAGAAACACCCUUACAAGAGAAAGAAAUUUCAGUACCUGCUAAUUCUAAGGAGACUAUGCUAUUAGGCUCCCCACAGCACAAAUCACAAAAAUCACUUGAGCAAUCAGCAAAGGCCGAAGUCAAAAAAGGACCCGAAUUAAGAAAACAGGUCAUACCAGAAGCUAGUCAAAAAAUUCUGGAACAAGACCAAAAGACAAGUUAUAAUAAGCCAUCAGACCAGACAAGUCAGACUGAACAAAAAAAGAGUGGUAUUACAUCAACAAAAGAGGAAGAUGGAAGGUCCUUAAAAUCUGGUGGUUCCAAGCCUCAACCAGAAGCUACAAAACCUACUGAGUCACUUGGAGGAAAAAUGUUUGGCUUUGGUUCUUCAAUGUUGAGUUCUGCUUCCAAUUUUAUAACUUCUGCAGUACAAGAUGAAUCAAAAACACCACCAGUUUCUCCCAAACUUCCAGCAGCAAAGGGAACCAAAUCAAUUCCAGUUCAGAAAUAUGACUCAGAGAAGAAACCAGAGCAAGUUCAGCAAACUAGUCACUCUCCAUUGCUGCAAGCCAAAGUAAAUAAAGAUGUAAUAUCUUCAGAUAGUCAAAAGACUGACUACUCUACCUGUCCUCUAUGUAAGACUGAACUCAAUAUUGCUUCCAAAGAUCCUCCCAACUACAAAAAAUGCACAGAAUGCAAGACCACUGUGUGCAACCAGUGUGGAUUUAACCCAAUGCCAAAUGUGUCAGAGGUCAAAGAAUGGCUAUGCCUGAACUGCCAGAUGGAAAGAGCUCUCAGUACCUCUGAUGUCACUGGACCUUCCAUAAAACCAGAGACUGAAACAAACAAAGGUUCAGCGUUAACUGUACGUCAGAAAAUCCCACCUCCUAAACAAAAGGAAUGUCUAAAGAAGGAAUUGUCUGACAAAAAGAUAGAAGCCCCACUACCUGAUUCAUCUAACACCGAGAGGAGCUCCACAUCUGCUUCUCCUCAGAGAACACAGCGUGCAGUUGUACCACCUGCUGCUAAAGAACCAGAAGCGAAAAUACAGCCCAGCCCAAGCACUGGUCAGUCUCUUUCAAUUGUCGAAAGAGUAACAAGUACACAGAGACAGACUGGCCAGGAAAGUGAGUGUGACCCAAAAUACAUGAAGAUGAAACCAGAUCUUCAAGAGGAAUCAGAAAAAACAACCGGCUCAAAAGAUACUAAAAAAGUAUCUGAGGCUUCAAAAACAACUGAAUCCUUGGGUGGAAAGAUGUUUGGAUUUGGUUCAUCUAUUUUCAGUUCAGCAUCAAAUCUGAUAUCAGCUGCUGAAUCACGAACUACACCACCUGGCUCUCGUAAGAUGUCUGCACCACCCCAACUCUCUGGCAAGAUGUCUGUUUCACCAAAGAUUUCACCAAAAAGUACACCUACAGUUUCUCCCAAAAUGUCACCAGUUAGAGAGCCAAAGGUUCUUUCUGCAAAACCAGGGGAAUCUCAGCUGAAGAAAGAAGACAAAGUUCUAUCACAGCCACAUGUAGGAACAGACUCUCUAAGAUGUUCAGAUGGAGGUCCAACUAUCUGUCCACUGUGUAAGGGUGAGAUGAACAUUGGCUCCAAGCAGACUCCAAAUUACAAUACCUGCACUGAAUGCAAGACCACAGUUUGUAACCAAUGUGGAUUUAACCCCAUGCCCAUGGGUGAGGUAAAAGAGUGGCUGUGUCUUACAUGUCAGGUGAAGAGAGCAGUUGGACCACCUGAACCUCCAGGCCCUCCUGCUUUAAAGACCCAAACCUCACCCAGUAAAUUUCCUCCACCCACUGAUGUUCAGCUGAAAGAUACCUCCAAACUCAUUUCUUCUCCAAAAAAGGAUGGUCUCGAUGUUGUGGAGCAAUCUAGAGAACCUUUAGGGAAAGUUUCACCACAGAAAAAACAGUCAAUACCAUUAAGCAAACCUCCAUCUAGUGAUGCUCCUCUAAAACAAGUUAGCCCUGCACUAGAUCAGAAAGCACCUCAAGAAAAACUAAAAGCCGAAGAAAAGAAACCAUCAGAUCUGACAAACCAACAUGAACGCAGACGGAGUAGCACUACUCCAGCAAAACAGCAAGAGUCUGGAGGCUUCUUUGGCCUUGUUGAAUCUAAACCUCAGCCAGAAGGCGCAAAGACUGCCGAGUCAGUGGGUGGGAAGAUGUUAGGGUUCAGUUCAUCCAUCUUUAGUUCUGCUUCUACCUUAAUAACCUCAGCGGUGAAGGACCAGCUCAAUACAACACCACCAGUUUCUCCCAAGAUGUCUCCUUCAAAAGAGGCAAAAUCACCUACAGCUCCAAAAGUAGAACAGGAGAAAAAGUCAGAACAGCAACAGCAGUCAGAGGAUCAGCCAACUGCAGAACCAAAAUCAAAAGAGAUCAAGCCUUCUGCUUCCCAAAAGCUUGAGCAGCAGAAGAAAGCAGAGACAUCCUUGCAGACAAAGACCCUUCCAUCAGUACAGGCUAAAGUGGAGAAAACCCCAUCAGAGGCUUUGAAAUCUGAAGCAGGUACCCCUGCAAGUGUCAAACUAGAACAGUCCACCUGUCCACUGUGUAAGAUCAAACUCAACAUAGGCUCCAAGGAUCCACCCAAUUAUAAUACAUGCACACAGUGCAAAAACACAGUGUGCAACCAGUGUGGAUUUCACCCAAUGCCAAGCAAAACUGUGGUUGAGUGGUUGUGUCUCACCUGUCAGAUGGAACGAGCUCUGGAAGUGACAGAGCCUCCAGGAGUUACUUCUCUCAAGCCUCAGGCAAAAUCCCAAGCAGGCAUCACCAGCCCAGCUGAACCUGAAAAGAAAGUCUCCUCUGCACCACAGUCACCUCAGAGGAAAUUAUCUUCAUCCGCACAGCCCCCUGAGACAGCUGACAAGCAAGUGGUUAAUAAACAGGCUAGCCCAGUUCCUUCUAAGAAAACCCCACAAGAACAGCAGAAAACAUCAGGCCCAAGCAAAUCACCAGGCCAGACAAGGCAAGCUGAACAGAAGCAGAGCAAUGUGACGGGGGUGCCACAGAAAGAUUCAGGUAGCUUCUUUGAAUUAGGCAAAGGUAAAACUGAGCCUAAUGUGGACAAACCAGUGGAGUCCGUCUCUGGAAAAAUGCUUGGCUUUGGUUCAUCCAUUUUCAGCUCUGCUUCUACAUUAAUAACCUCAGCUGUUCAAGAUCAACCUAAGACCACUCCACCAGUAUCUCCCAAGUUAUCCCCUGCAAAAGAAGUCAAAUCCCAUGCUGCCCAAAAGAAGGAGCAGCCAGAAUCUCAGCAGCCUAAGGCACUUGCUCUGGUCCAAGUCAAAGAUGACAAGGGUCAGCCAGAAGCUUCUAAGAUUAUAGAAGCUUCCAAAGGUGCUAUCAAACCAAACACCAGCUGUGUGCUCUGUAAGGCUGAACUUAACAUGGGGUCCAAGGAUCCACCUAACUACAAUACCUGCACCGAAUGCAAGAACAGAGUUUGUAAUCAGUGUGGAUUUGACCCCAUGCCAAACCAGUUAGAGAUGAGGGAAUGGUUGUGUUUGACUUGCCAGAUGCAAAGAGCUCUGGCAGCAGGUGACUCAGUACAGCCUCCUCUGAAGAAAGUUCAGGGAUCUCCGAGCCAAGUUUCCUCACCUGGUACUGUCAAAAAAGAGGUGACAAAUGAAAGGAAACACAGUAUUUCUAAAGAAGAAGUUGAAGUUAUUGACAAAGCACAAGGUGCACCUCAAAAGAAAGACAUAUUGCAAACUUCUGCCUCAUUGAAGUCAAAAGAUGAAACAGCUUCAGCCUCAGGUCUAGCAAAAGAUCAGAAAACCAAUUUAUUUUCUACUGAGGGUACUCUAAAGUCUUUGGUUCCUCAAAGUGAAGAGGUAAGGCCUGUUGUUUCUGAUGUCAAACAACCAAUGCCUACACAAGGUCCUCCUAUUGCCACAGACAGGAAGACAACUCCACUACCUCCAGACACAUUCGAAAAUGAGGAGAAAUGUGAAACUAUAAAGACAUCAGCUGGACAACUUUUCAAAUCCAUAGAGGAUGUAAAACAAUACCAAGCCAAAGAACCUCAAAGAAAAGGUUCAGAAGUAGAGGUCAAAGAAGAUGAUGAGCAGAAAACGCAUGUCAAAAAGAUACCAGACAAACUUCAGGAGCCUAAAAUUACUCCAACAGGGCAGAAAGAAGAUGGUAAAGGCCAGAUGGAAUUGACAAAACAGGCUCAAGUUGCUUGUCCACUCUGCAAAGUGGAGCUUAACAUUGACUCCAAGAACCCUCCCAACUUUAACACCUGCACUGACUGCAAAACCUCUGUUUGCAACAAAUGUGGUUUUAGUCCAAUGCCGAAUAUCUCUAAGGCAAAGGAAUGGUUGUGUCUCAACUGUCAGAUGCAGAGAGCUCUUGGAGCUUCUGAACCCCCAGGCCUCCCAAUGAUGAAAACACAACCUUCACCAAGCAAAGAUUUUCCUGUCCAUAAACAGAAGAAAGAAACCCCAACUGCUAAUAUUUCCAAGCAAGAGAUUUCUGAGCCAGUCACUGACCCAGCUAACAUUAUUAUGGCUAGAGAAACAGAACUCCUUCUUGUUAGUGAACCAACAAAGGAAGUCUCUUGUGCAUCUGCUUCAGUCCCUGAUGAAAGUGGCCCACCAACUGCCACAAAUGUAGAUGUUUCGCCAGCCUCACAAAAACCAUGUUCUGAUGUGCCGAAAGUACAACCAGACACACCACAGCAACAAAUUCAGAAAGUUCCUUCUUCUACUAAGCCUGCUAUUCCUACAGAUGAGGCAAAACGAGGUCCACCUACAGACAAGCCUACCUCUACACCACAGCAGAAGGGAGCAAAACAACCCACAAUACAUCCUAAGAAACCUGAGAGCUCUCCUAAGUCUGCAUCGCCAUCAGUUCAGGCUACAAAACCAGAGUCGGGUAGCUUCUUUGGUUUUGGAGGCCCUAAAAUACAGCCUACAGCAGAAAAACCUGCAGACUCAGUUACUGGAAAGAUGUUUGGCUUUGGCUCGUCUUUCUUAAGUUCUGCAUCCAAUUUGAUUACUUCAGCUGUUCAAGAUGAAAAUAGAACUACUCUGCCUACUCCUCGUAAGAUGUCCGCCACAGAUAGAGCCUCUCCAAAGCCUACACCACCAGCUUCUCCUAAAACAUUACCAGCACUGGAUGCUAAGUUAACUUCUGUGCAGAAGACUGAGGACAAGAAUUCUGAGAAACCACAGCAGACUAAAAUUCUUCCAACAGAACCAGCCAAAGUGACAAAAUCACCUUCAGACAACUCUAAAGUACCACUAAAUGGGCAAGAUGCUUCCAAGACUGAUCUGUCAGUGUGUCCACUUUGUAAGAUCAAGCUAAAUUUUGACUCCAAAGAUCUUAAAAACUACAACACUUGCACAGAGUGCAAGACUACAGUGUGCAACCAGUGUGGAUUUGAUGCAAUCUCAAAUAUAUCAGAGACAAAGGAAUGGCUUUGUCUAAAUUGCCAGAUGCAGAGGGCAUUGAAAGUGUCAGAGUCUACUGUAGCUCCCGUGGCAAAACAGACACCAAGCGAAAUUUCACGGUCUUCUCCAGUUAUACAGAAGGAAACUGUUACACCAAUCAAGCAUAUCCAAAAAGAUGCCAUGGAAGCUGCAACCCCAUUGCCAACUGCUCCACCUCAGGAAGAUUCUGUCAAAAAGGUGCCAGUGGUUUCAGGUUCUGACCAGCAAAAACCAAAUGAAAACCUACAACAAAUGAAGAUUACUCAAAGUACCAAACCAGAAGUAAAGCCAGAUGUUGGAAAACAAGACAUUGGAAAAGUGCAGCAACAGCCUGCAAAGCUACCCACACAGCCAACCAAAAUGGCUUCACCAGUUCAGCCUACUAAACAAGAAUCUGGGGGCUUCUUUGGAUUUGGUGCACCUAAGGCACCAGUGGCAGCAGCAAAAUCUACUGAAUCAGUGACUGGGAAGAUGUUUGGCUUUGGCUCAUCUUUUCUUAGUUCUGCAUCUACACUAAUCCAAUCAGCUGUUCAGGAUGAACCUAAAACCACACCACCUACUCCAAGGAAGAUGUCAACUACUGCUUCUACUUCACCUAAAGUCACACCUCCAGUUUCUCCUAAGAUACCCCCUGCCAAAGAUACAAAAAUACCUGCUACACAAAAAUCAGAGCCACUUCAGCAAGAUAAGCCUACUCCACCACCUCAACACGACAAGCCUACUCCACCAAUUUUGCAUGACAAGCCGGUUCCACUAUCUCAACAGAACAAGCCUACUCAACCACUUCAACAAGCCAAGCCUGCCUCACCACUUUCACAGAUGAAACAUACUCCACCACCUUUGCAAGAUAAACCUGCUCCACCACCAAAACAGGACAAGCCUGCUCCACUACCACAACAAGUCAAGCCUACUUCAUCAUCUCAGCAAGACAAGCCCAUGCCACCACUUUCACAGACCAAGCCUAAUCCACCACCUUUGCAAUGCAAGCCUGCUCCAUCACCACAACAGGACAAGCCUACUCCACCAUCUUUGCAAGACAAGCCUGCUCCACCACCUCAACAAGACAAGCUUAUGCCAUCACUUUCACAGACCAAACCUACUUCACCACCUUUGCAAGAAAAGCCUGCUCCACAACCACAACAGGACAAGCCUACUCCACCACCUUUGCAAGACAAGCCUGCUCCACCACCACAACGGGACAAGCCUGCUCCACAACCACAACGGGACAAGUCUACUCCACCACCUUUGCAAGACAAGCCUGCUCCACCACCACAACAGGACAAGCCUACUCCACCACUUUUGCAAGACAAGCCUGCUCCACCACCACAACAGGACAAGCCUACUCCACCACCUUUGCAAGACAAGCCUGCUCCACCACCACAACAGGACAAGCCUGCUCCACCACCUCAACAAGACAAGCCUAUGGCAUCAUCUUUGCAAGACCAGCCUACGCCAUCUCCUCCACAGACGAGACCUACUCCAUCAUUUCAAGAAAAAAUAGAAGGUUCACCACUGUCCACAGAGGUGAACAAGGUUCUUCCUACACCAAGUGUGUCUACCUGUCCUCUGUGUAAGGCUGAACUGAAUGUGGGAUCAACAGAUAGUCCAAAUUACAACACCUGCACUGAAUGCAAAAACACUGUCUGCAAUUUCUGUGGAUUUAAUCCCAUGCCUCAUACUGCAAAAAAGGAAUGGUUGUGCUUGAGCUGCCAAACUCAAAGAGCUUUGUCAGGACAACUCGGAGAUUCAGAACAAAUGUCUCAACCUACAUAUGUGCCUGCCAAACCAGAAAUCCAGGCAACAUCAACUUCUGACAUGGCUGCGUCCAAAACCUCACCCAUCAAAAUUGAGCUCACAACUGAAGUCACGGCACCAAAAACUGCCCCUACUGAGGGAGUACAAAUAAUUUCAGCUACAACACCGAAGGAAGAACCUGCCAAGAUAAAAAACCUAGCUCCUGUUCCUUCCAUAGAAAAAGAAAAGGAGAGAAAACAGUUAGUCACCAUGAUAGAUGUUUCAUCUGUUGCCUCAGAUAAACAGUCUUUUGAAGAUUCCAUUCAAGAACCUGUUGUAGCAAAGCCUGAUGUGUCAAUCACCAAAACUUCUGACAUGGAAACUGUUAAAGAGGAGAAACUGCAACCAUAUUUACAAGAACAGGAAAAGGCAGUGGAAUCUGGAAAAACAAAAGCAGCUGACAGCAAGGAACUGGAUGAUAAGAUGAUUGAAAAGAUUACUGACAUCUCAACUCAAGUUUCACAGCCACUCCUUACAGCGAGACUGGCCUCCGUUGAAACCAACAAAGAGUCUGCAGAAAAAAGAAGAGAUCUCCCUCAAACCGAGCAAGCAGCAAAUACACUCAGUUUUGGAAAAGAAGAGUAUGAUGAUGAUCAACCCCAGAUUUUACCUGUCCUUCAAGAACAGCCUGAGAUGAAGAUUUAUGAUACAGCGAAGAAUGAUUCAAGUAUAGAUCACUCUAUGCCAGAAAAAGAGGAAGUUAAGCCAGAGAGAAGGCAUUUAAGUUUACAAGCAAUGGAGAGCAGUGAAAGUGAAGUUACACCUUCAUCAUCCCCUAAAAUUGGAAGAAGGAUCUUAAAGCUUAGCACUGUUUCAUCUAGCAGCGAGGACAAAACUGAAGGUGCUGAUUCUUCCAUAGAAGAUGAUGAGUUCAUACGCAAUCAGAUUUUGGGUAUGGGAGAUGAGAAAGACAUGUCCAUAUCAGAAGAUGAGAAAGAAAGUAACUUAGAAAAUAUGGAAGCUUUCCAGAGUAAUACACUUGACAAUGCUUCUAUCAAAGCCAAAUCUGUACUGAACAAGGGUGAAUCAAAUAUUAAUACCCAGACUGAAUUACCCAUUAAAAAUGAUGCUGCAAUUUCUCAAAAUAUUCCCGAAUCAUUUCCAAAGACUCAUUUUAAGAAAGCUAUUCCUGUAUUGAGGCAGAGGCAAAGCACUGAUGAAGAAAUAGAUAGCCUCACUGAAUCCUUGUCAAAGGGUUCAUCCAGUAUUCAAGCAUCAAGCGUGACUCCAGGGUCUUCACCUUCAUCAGUUUCAUCUUUGGAAGAGGACAGUGAUAGCAGUCCAAGCCAAAAGAAAGGUAGUGAGCAAAGACAUCAUCGCAAAAGUAGACAGAGGUACCCCACUCAGCCUCUUCCUACUAUUGAAAACUCCUCUGAUGAAGAAAAGACAAAGACACAAGACAAACCACUGUCUUCACCCAGUGAUGUGUCCUCUUCAGAAGAUUUAAGGCAGGUCACUGUCAUCAACGAUGGCCAUAAAACAUUUGGCUCAGAGUACUCUGCCAGUAAAGAAUCUGAACCAGAGAUUAAGAGAGCUGUACAAAGAGGACGUAAACCUUCACCAACAGUAAUACCUUACACCCCUUCUGAUCAAUUUGAAGAAAAAGACACAGCAACAAAAUCAUUAAAGAGUGCUGAAGAAGCAUAUGAGGAAAUUAUUCAGAAAACAAAAGCUAUUCCAGGAGAAAGUCCCCCCGAUAUUGAACCCCUUUAUGGAGGACUGGCAAUAGAAGACUAUCUUUAUGAAUCUUUAGUAGAGGAACCAGAAAUUAAAAUAAGUGAAACUCAAGAAGAACCUGAAUUUGAUACUGCUUCUCAAUCUCUUAAAAAGCUCAGAUCCCCUGAAGAAGUUUAUGAGGAGAUGAUGCAAAAAAAAAGGGAACUGAUGAUGAUAGAGCAAGAAUUUCAACAAGCCUGGACAGCAAUGGAUUCUUCCUCAUUGGAGGCUUUGGUCCAGGAGCUUCCUUCAGAGGCUGACACUUGUGUGGUGACUAUAUCUGCUGAAGAUGGCAUACCCACUGAAGAUACUCAGAUUACUGAACAAAAAUAUAUGCCUCCCUCAAAUAUUGAUACUUUAAGUGAACUACCGGUAAAGAGAAAAAAACGUCCAGCACCCCCACGCCCAUCUGAGCCCCCUAGGCGCACUGAGGUAACAGUUGUUGCCAGUACUCCCAGUGGAUCCAUAACUUUUGUCAGGCCUAUGAUUCCUCAAGAUCCUGCACUCAGAAAGGCACUGUUUCCAAUACCAGACCUUAAGAUUACUCAAUGCUCAUCUGGUGAAGAAGAGGAUGAUAGUCUUGUAGAUGAGUAUGCCAUAGGUAUUUCAUCUGACAUUACCCCCAGUGAUGACUCUGAUACAAGAGAUCAGUCCAUAAGUCCAUCUUUGUCCGAAACCAACGACAUGGAGCCUAUAUGUGUUAUUUGUGAAAUUCCAGAGCCAAAGCCCAUCCCAACUCCAAUAUCAGCCCCAGAGCUAACAACUACACCUUCUCCUGUUUCACCAGUUUCACCCCCAACUUCACCAGCUUCUCCAGAUUCUAGUUUGGCCUCAAAUGUGUCAUCAUCAUCUUCAUUUCAGGCUCGAACACCACUUUCAUCUGACUCAACUCCACUGUCCACACCAACCCCUCCAACUUCAAUAAAAGACCAUUCAGUUGAAGAAACCUUAUUGCCAUUGUCUACCACAUUUGAAACAGCACCAUCAAGUGAAACAUUAAUUCCUUAUUAUGAUUUAGCCACUGUUGUAGUUACAAUUCCAGAUUUGGUAUCUGAUCCAUCCAAAAUUCAAGCAACACAGACCGUUCAAAGAAAGUCUUUUACAACUAAGACCCCAGCUCCACCCUCGUUUGAGACUUCAUCUGCAGUAACUUCUAAGGUCCAAAUGCCAGACUUAGUUUCCUCUCCAUCACAAGUACCAAUUAAAGUUCCACCUGUUUUACAAGUUUCAGCACCAAGUCCAGCACCUAUUGUUGUCUCAGCUCAGCCUUUAGUCCAAAUCAUACCUGCACCUAUUGCUACCACAACUUCAGCUUCAACAAGUGAUCUCUCAUCAUCAAUCUCUGUGGCAUCAUGCCUUGAGCCUGUCAUAGUCCAGAUGCCAGACUUGGUUUCAACUAAUGCUCCAAUUAUUGUACAAACACCACAACCAAUCUCAGCCCUCAUAACUACCCCAGCUCAAGCUCAAGCCAAAGUAGUACAUUCAGUCCCAGUACAAUCGUCUGUACCAUUAAUGAGAACAGUUGUAGUCCCAGCAAAAGUUCAACCUGAGCAGGGAACUAUAUCAUCUCCAGCAUUAACUACUGUUGUCAAAAAGAAAGUCCCUCCUCCUCCCCCUCCUCGAUCUACUUCAGUUUCAUUACCCUAUACCACCUCUGAGAUGCCCCUUAUAAAGACAGCCAUGUCAUCUGCAUCAGCUAUUGCACCCACAGUCACUGCCCAACCAAUGCAAUCUGUAGUUGUAGAUAUACAGCCAAGAAUGGACAUUGCACAAUCAGGUAGUGCACCUGUUCCUCAAGUAGUGACUCCAACUAGACAAGGGCAUGUAGUUAUCAUUGUACCAAGCAUGGAAAAAAUAUCUCUACUUGAACAAACCAAACAGGAUGGAGAUGAUGCAGAGCCAAAUGUUACUUCUCGUGCAUAUGGUAGUCAACAAACUACAAAUGAUACACUGUGUACAGACACUUCAACUGUGAAAGUGCUUUCAGCUCCACUACUUCAACCUAAACCUACACAUGGAGCAAAAGUGGUAUCAAGUGGGGAUGUGACUCCUGUAACAGACCCAACCUCAUCACCUCCAUCCCUUUUACCAAAACCACUUGGAAGCUCUGUUCUGACUUUAGUCACAAGCACUAUAGCAACAGCUGCCCCUGUUUCUGUAACAGUGUCCAGUCCUUGUCAUAUCUCUAAACCUCCUCCACCCAUACCACCCAAGCCUAUAUCAAUUCCAGCUGGAUUAGUUUUUACCCACAAGCCAGGAGAGAAUAUCAGACCUCCUCCUCCUGUGGCACCCAAAGCAGCAACGCUGCCUAGGAUGAAGGAACCUCCAAAAGCCCUGUCUCUUAGCCUUGCAAGACCUUCGGAGUCUAAACUGGGUACAACAUCUCCCAAGUCACCUGUGUCCCCUAGGCAUGCAAAAUGUUUACAGACAUAUGUGGUGAUCACUCUACCAUCUGAGCCUGGCUCUCCAACUGAGACAAUAACAGUUCAAGCACCUGUUAGGCGAAAAUCCAUCCCGUCUUCUACAGUGUCAGACAUUCAAACAACAGUACCAGAGAAGAAGACACCCACUGAAAUUAUUUCAGCACAGGCUACAGUUAGGAGGGCAUCUGUCCCCACUAUUAAGCAUCCACUGCCGAUUAUUAAAGCAGUCAAUGUGGAAGCAGAGCAAACAGAAACCUCUGAGAUGGUGACUGGCAAAGUACAAACAGGCAAAUUCUCUGUGCCCCCUGCUGUGCAACCAAUAUUUUCUGUUGCUGAUGUGAUUACAGUGUCAUCAGAUCAGAAAUCCUGCAUCAUGGCACAUGCUGUAGCACCAACAAUCAAGAAGUCAUAUGUGUCACAAGAAUCAGAAUUAUUUCCAAAACCCACUGAGCCAAAAUGUUAUCUGAUUCUGAGAGAUCAAUCCAUAGUAAAUGAGCAAUCUGGACCAUCUGUGUCUCAGCAGCCAUGUGCAGUUACAGAAGUGGGAACAGUAUUUCCAACAAGUUUAUCUGAAGAGCCAAUUCUUCAGUCAACCAAACCAAUUGCAACUGUACAACCAGGGUGUCUUGGGGAAGCUGUUUUUGUGCCAGAGCCAUUGAAACCACAUGUAGAAGUAGUUGUCCAUGGGACACCACCUACAGUACACUCUAUAAAUUAUGAUCAGCCUGUUUUAUCUCAAAUAGAUGUGCAAGGUACAGAGCAUAUGGAACAAGACAGAGAUAACUGUGUCACAGAGGCAGUUCUGAUUAGAUCAGCAAUACAAGAUGAGAGUUAUGAAUUUGCAGCUGAAGAACCAGAUACAGCGAUUGAAGUUGUUGUUCACUCUAAAGAUGAAAACAUACCUGGGGUUUUUGAAGAUGCAUUCCCCUUAUCAGAGCUCUCAUCAACUCAACAAACUGAUCAAUCUUCAGAAAAUAGGGUUGUGGUGACAGACCAGAUAUUCACACACCAGCUAAAUCUUGAUGCUUUAGAAAGUACACUCUCUACAAAGUUUGAAUACCCCUCAGAAGUUGUUACAACUGACCCUGGUUUUAGGUUGCCUGAGGUUGCUGUAGUGUCUCCUGUACCUCAUCCUCUCACUGUUGCCACUGUUGUGACACCAACAUCUAAAGUGUCUGAGUUAAUGCCACUACCUACAGUUGCUGAAACUGCAGCAAUUACAAGCAUAGGGUCAACACUUUCACAUCAUAUGGAAGGAAUUCAACAUGUUUCAACACAAAGAGAUAUUAGUUAUACUCCCCAGCAGAGUGAAACAAGUGCAGCCACAAUUAUGUCAUAUCCUGUGGCAUCAAUGGAAGAAAUACCAUUGCAAUCUAGACAUGAAAGACUAGCAGGAUUCCCACCAAAAUAUGAAGAUGAAAUGAUUUGUUACAUGCCUUCAUUAGAGAUACAACAGCAUGAACUUGCAGAAUUCCCAGUCAUAACAAACGAUGAGACUAUUUAUAGAAGGAGGUCAUCUAUCUCAUCCAUAGAACAAUCACCAUACACCACUAGUGAUUCAUUUAUUUAUCCUGCAGAGCUUGAAAUGCCUUAUCAGGUAUACGACUCUGCACGAGCAGAGUCACUUGCUGCUGCUAGACAAGAAUCCAUAACCGUGCAACAACCACAGCAGUUUGCACAAAUAAUUACCAUGCCAGCUGAAAAGGACUUUCCAGUGGUUGGCUAUGAAGCUGAAGUAUCUUACAGAAGGAGAUCAAUUCCAUUAUCAGAACAGCAACCAGAAGUCUCAACUCAUCCAUGUGAAUAUGACCAUUUACUGGACACAAUAACCCAAGAUGCACACACCCAUAUAAGCCCAGUAGCCUCUGUACCAGAGAUUCCACUGAGUGUAUCUGUGGCUCCAGUCACCAUCACCAAAAUUCAACAAGAGUCAAUUGAGAGCAAAGAGAUAAGAGGACCAGAAAAAAUGGUCUCCAGUAUGAGUCACAUGUAUUCCUCUUCGAUUUCCACCUCAAGUCAGCCUCCUGAAAGCCUGUCUAGUCAGGUCACUCAAGUGGUCACCACUGAAGUUCAACGGACUACUGUUUCUGUUGUCCAUGAAAGACUCCAACAAGUUCCUCCACAAAGCAUAGCCAUCACUAUACAACCAGACAUAGCAAAAGUCCAACCCCUCCCUAAACAAAAUGGCAGGAUUAUUUAUCCUAGUGAUAUUAUUGAUUUACGCACUAUCAAGUCAGGCAUAAAAAUGACAGAGCAAGGCAUGGAUCUGACGCCACCUGAGUCUUGCCGACAGUCUGUUUCAAGUGACUCAAGUGGACGUCAUAUUACUGCAGUGCAGCCUGAGAUUGUAAAUCUUAGUGCUGAGCUUAUCCCUGCAACAACACUGUCUGUUGUUACUGACAGCAUCACAAUAGUCACAUGCACAGCAACCAUUGCUUCAUACAAUACCACUCCAGCAGAGAAACCACUUGAUUUACAGGGUCCUGUUGCAUCACUGCCAUUACCACUCACCACAUCCACAUACAAGGCAUUCGAACCACUCGCACAAAUUGUCUACAGACCUGUAAAGGCCUCACCUGUAUUCACUGAUGUAGUAUCUAUGACUCAAGACAUACCCAUGAAUCUUUCCAUUGAAGCUCUUGUCUCCUCUGGAGGAAAACGGUCAUUGACUUCAGCACCAACAAUUAUCAGCAAUGUAGGCCCUGUUGUAUCUCUUGAGGCUACGGGAGCCAUGGACUUGUCAAACUAUAAACCAGUGAGGGCAAUUGUGGCAUUGUCUGAUACAGACCAAGGAGUGGUGACCUCUAUUGUAGAGGAUGAUGGGGUUCCAAUUGACCUGACUGCUGGCAGAAGGAGCAUCUGCUGUGAUGUAAUUUACAAGUUACCAUUUACUGGAAGCUGCAGAACACAAGCUCCUGUAACAACUCAACCUGACAACCAUUCUGGCUUCAAAGAUCAUGCAGGACUGUAUAGCAUUAAAGGUACUAAUGGGAUAAAAGCAUCAUUAUCUGAGACUAAUCUAACAAGCACGGGACUGUCCAUCUAUGACCUCAAAAAUGACUACUUCAGCGGCUCUUCUGACACAGCUGUCGACCUAACUGCUGCUAAGCUUUCAGCUGGUGAGGCACUAGACUACACAAGCAAAGCAACCAAUGUCUACUCUGCGAUGAUUACUUCACCAUACUCCCAGGUUCCUGCUGCUGGGUUUGGUGUAAAUAGUGCUUUAAGAACCUCAGAUGGAAUAGUUUAUUCCUCCGUUGCAGCACCAGUUCCAUCCACAUAUGCAAUUACAACUCAACCAGGUUCCAUCUUCAGCACUACUUUUACCCCUAUAUCAACUGUGCAGGAUCAGUCCUUCCUGCAUUCAUAUGGUUUUGUUCCAACAGAGUCAGGGCAGCUUGUUCCCUUUGAGGCAGAGCUAUCUAAAGAAUUCUUCCCUACAGCCCUGGCCGAUAUAAUAACCGGCUACCCCGAAAUGUACUCAGACACCACCCUGGAAGCAAUUGCUGCUUCUUUAGAUGUUCUGGCUUCUUCACCAAUAUUUCCAGGCUUAGACAACACCAAAAUGGCCCAGUAUCAGAUGGAGAGGGAGUUUCUAGAGUUAGAGAAGCUUAAGCAGCUAUGUCUUGCUGAGGAGCUGGAAUGGGAAAGACAAGAAAUUCAGCGUUACAGAGAACAGGAGCAACUUAUGGUGCAAAGAGAACUUGAAGAACUUCAAGCACUGAAACAGCAGCUUCUUCUUCAGCAAGAAGAGGAACAUCAUGCACACAUGGUGGCCCAACAGGAGACCUAUGCUCAACAGAAAGAACAGUUGCAGCAAAUCCAACAACUCCAACUCCAACUCCAGAGGCAACUUGAUGAGCACUACAGCAGUACUGGUAUGACAGGAAACCUUUUAGAAGCUAAAUAUGCAGGGGUAGGAGACAGUGGUCAGUACUGGCCUGUAAAAGAUGAGUCUACACUUCCAUCUACAUUAGCACAAACAGAACAACACCAUGAGCAGCUUAACAUAGUAAAACUUCCAGCUGACCGGGAUCUAGGGAAAAAAAUCCUUGACAGCGGUGUACAAACAGAUGAUGAAGACUCUGCAGAAAAGCAACAAAUGGGAAGAAAAAAGAAAACAAAGAGAAACAUUGAUAGCUCAGCUCAGUCUGAUGAUGAUGAACAAGAGGAGUGGGAUGCCCCCACCAAAGUUCGACGUCGUUCUCGAAAGCAUAGCAGUGAUGGAAAACAUGGCUCCAAGGUGUCUAGCAUUGCCAUCCAGACAGUAGCAGAAAUUUCUGUGCAGACUGACCACUCUGGAACUAUCAAGAAACCCAAUGUCCAAAUGGACACUAAGAUAGAAAUCAUUAAGCACAUAUCAUCUCCAGAGAACUUUCACAGAGGUGGCAGUCUGAGCUGUCAGACAGACACAGACAGAAGGAAUUCACCUGUUGAUGUUGGAUAUAGCACACAACUAACGGCAGAUGUCCCCUCUAAAGCUAAAGUUCUCUACAGCCAAGUCUCUCCGUUAUCUCCAGAAAAGUCCUAUGGAGGACAAAGAAUGCUAACUGCUGACCCAUCCAGAUUUUCCUCUGGCCCUCGGAGUUUAAAGGCUGGCCAAAAGUCUCUGUCAGAUCCUAAAUCUAUUGGUCCUUCAACAGAAGACAGAAUUGGAGGAUACUAUACCGAAGGCUAUUCUGUCAGAGGGUCCUCUUCUAGCAGUGGUAAGAAAGUAAAGCGAACCCUACCAGACCCCCCUCCCGAGGAUAACACGUUGGCGGGAAGAUCUGGAUAUAGCACGAACUCUGCUCGUCGCCGUCUUGCUCGCAGCACAACAAUGGCCCGAGCAAAGAUUCUGCAAGAUAUAGACAAGGAACUUGAUCUGGUGGAGAGGGAAUCCUCUAAACUACGCAAGAAACAAGCUGAGCUUGAUGAAGAGGAAAAGGAGAUUGAUGCCAAGUUGCGAUAUCUGGAGAUGGGUAUAAACCGUCGAAAGGAGGUCUUGUUAAAGGAAAGAGAAAAGAGAGAAAGGGCAUAUCUCCAGGGGGUGGCGGAGGAAAGAGACUACAUGUCAGACAGUGAGGUUGGCAACAUAAGAGAAACUCGGGGGGAAGGCCUGGAAAGACCACGGACUGCUCCUCAGUCAGAAUUUGAUCAAUUCAUCCCUCCCCAAACUGAGGCUGAUUCCCAAUACAACACCCUUACAAGUCCCUAUUCUCAAUAUGGUCAGUAUGUUCCUCAGACCCAAACCACAAGCGAUUACACCCAGCAGAAUUUGUAUCAGCAGCAGUCCCUAUACCAUCAACAGGUGUCUCCUUACCAAACACUAUCGCUCUCCCAUGCUCAAGCUCAGCCUAGCAGCUACCAACAUGCUUUGCUUUUGCAACAAGGAAAGCAGCGUCAAACCACCUUGUCUGAGUUAGAGCCCAAAAUUACCACCAACUAUGAGGUGAUACGCAACCAACCUCUGCUCAUUGUUCCAUCUUCUACAGAAAGUGGCUAUGGGGUUGCUCACAUGGGUGGGAAGUAUGGCAACUUAGAUUUGAGGUUAGAGGAAAGAAGCAUGGCCUCUAGUCCAAUGUCAAGUAUUUCUGCUGAUUCCUUCUAUGCUGAUAUUGACCAUCACAAUGCCAGGAACUAUGUGCUUAUAGAGGACAUAGGAGAGCUUACCAAGGCUUCAACAGGACUUGGCAGUUCUGCCAUGGGUUCUGGAUUUAGCCUACCUGAUAAAGAGCUAUCAAAAGCAGACAGACUACUCAGGGCAGCUGAAGCCAGACGUACAGCAGAGGUAGCUGAAUUUUUGGGCUCAUCACGCUAUGGAAAAGGAGAAGAUGACUCUAUGGAGGAGCCCUAUGAACUGAAGUUGCUGAAGCAACAAAUCAAGCAAGAGUUUAGACGGGGAACUGAAGGGCUAGAACAUUUAACAGGCCUUGGCCUUUCCCAGUAUCUCUCGAGUGAUAGCAGUUUUCGUCAUUUCCCUAAAGGGGAGAAAUAUAGCAUUGGAAGACUCACUCUUGAAAAGCAGGCUGCAAAGAAUCUUCCCGCAGCUAUGCUUUACCAGAAACAGAUGAAGAACAAAAAAGCAUUGCUCGACUCAAAGGCCAUCACAAAAUUUUCCCCAAUUCAGGAGAGUAGGGACCUUGAGCCAGAAUUUGGUACCUACAUGGGAUCUGGAACUUCUUCUGUGUCCAGUCUAGCAGCUAGGGCUAGGUUACUUCAGGAUGAAAUUACAUUUGGGUUAAGAAAAAAUUUGUCUGAGCAGCAAAAAUAUUUGGGGUCUUCUUUAGGAGCCAACCUUUCAGGUUCUCUUAACCUUGGCCAGUCUCUUAGCUUAGGAUCCUCUAUCAGAGGCAACAUUCAGGAGGAUGGCACAUAUCCAAGUGGCACUCGAUCCCGUCCCUCUUCUCGACCCUCUUCCCGACCAUCUUCUAUAUAUGGCUUAGAUCUGUCUAUCAAAAGGGAUUUGUCUAGUUCCUCACUCAGACUAAAGACAGAGGGGGAGGUCCUGGACGCAGCAUUUGCUCCUGGAGUCUCCAGAGCAAAACCUACUAGUUUGCCUAUCAGCCAAAGCCGGGGCCGUAUCCCCAUUGUGGCUCAGAACUCUGAGGAAGAAAGUCCUCUGAGCCCAGUGGGGCAGCCUAUGGGUAUGGCUAGAGCUUCUGCUGGUCCUCUGCCUCCCAUUUCUGCUGACUCUAGGGAUCAAUUCGGGUCUAGCCAUUCCUUGCCAGAAGUACAACAGCAUAUGAGGGAGGAAUCUCGGACACGUGGCUACGAUAGAGAUAUCGCAUUCAUCAUGGAUGAUCUGCAAGGUGCCAUGUCUGACAGUGAAGCCGGAGGCCCAAACUGGAAUAUAGAAGCCUACCACUUGAGGAGAGAGGACACAGAUUGGUUUGAUAAGCCAAGAGAAGGGCAGCCUCAGAGUGGAUACAUGUCAGAUAGGAGACAGAUGAAAUUGGUUCCUUACACCUUCCCUCACACUCGUGUGAAGCUUAAGAGAGAUAUGACAGACACCAGCGUCUCAGGCAAUGGACUUGGAGUCCGUGUUGUUGGUGGUAAGGAGAUUCCAGGCAGUCGUGGUGAGAUUGGAACCUACAUUGCUAAGGUUAUUCCUGGAGGCAUGGCGGAACAAACAGGGAAAAUUGUAGAGGGGAUGCAGGUGUUGGAAUGGAAUGGAGUUCCACUAACAGGGAAGACUUAUGAAGAAGUGCAGUGCAUUAUGGGCAAGGCUGGUACAGAGGCGGAGCUCUGUGUGAGACUCAGUGACCUUAAUAUGCUGUCUGACCCUGAGCACCCACAGGCCCUGGAUCACCAUAUCCAACUCAAGGCUGCAGGAGGUCAGCGAUCUCCUGGUGUGGAUCCUAAACAGUUAGCUGCAGAGCUCCAAAAGGUAUCCCAACAGCAAACUCCUGACAUAACAGGAAUAGGGCCUGGGAGCUUCGGAGUCCUGUCCGCAUUGGAACGUUCGGCCCUCCUCCACUCGGGCCCUGGGUCAGCAGCCUCAAGUGGGGUCCCAAGCCCUGGGCAACCGGGAUCCCCUGCCAUCAACAAGAAACAACGCCACAAGCCAACAGAGGUGAUGAAAGCACCUCAUCCCAUCACUGGAGAAAUUCAGCUCCAGAUUAACUAUGACAGAAAUCUGGGAAACUUGAUCGUACAUGUUCUGCAGGCAAGAAACUUGGCCCCCCGAGAAAAUGACGGUUACUCUGACCCUUUCGUGAAGGUCUACCUUUUACCAGGGAGAGGCCAAGUCAUGGUUGUCCAGAAUGCAAGUGCUGAUAACAAGAGAAGGACCAAGUAUGCACAGAAGACAACAAAUCCAGAAUGGAACCAGACUGUCAUCUACAAGAACAUCCAUUUGGAGCAGUUAAAGAAAAAGACACUGGAAGUAACAGUGUGGGACUAUGACAGAUCCUCCUCCAAUGACUUUCUUGGAGAAGUUCUGAUUGACUUGUCAAACACAGCUCAACUGGACAACACUCCCCGCUGGCUGCCUUUGAAAGAGCAGACUGAAAGCAUCGAACAGAGCAGAAGUCACCAUGCUUCCCAAGCUCCACCAGGGUCUGGGUCAGGACAGGGUCAUGGUCAGGGACAUUUCACAUGUCAGGGUCAUGUGUCAGGAUCUGGACAGGGACAUGGAAUGGGACAAAGUCAAGGACCAGGACAGGGAGAUCUGAGUCAUGAUUCACCUAAGAACUCUGUGAUCAAGAGCAGAAGCCAUGGAAUCUUCCACGACCCAGCCAAAGACAUGCAAAUGUUACCUUUGGAAAAGUCCCACAGCAGCCCGGGCAGCUCCAAGUCUUCCUCUGAUGGCCAACUGCGCUCGCAUGGCCCAUCCCGAAGUCAAAGCAAGAGUAGUGUCACUCAAGCCCACCUUGAAGAUGCUGGGAUAGCCAUUGCUGCCGCAGAGGCUGCCGUGCAGCAGUCCCGCCUGCAACCAAGACCGGGACACCGACUAGGUGAUGUCUCAGGGUCAGUGGUGCUGUCUGCCCCAAGCCUUGUUGGAGAUGCCUACGGUGGUCUGGAUGGGGAAGAAGGGGUGGGCAUUGGAGUGGACAGUGCCAUUUUUCAAGUCCCACGAAUUGGUAAUACUAUUCCUAAUGGUACCGACAAAAAUCAACAAAUCACUCCAGAAAAUGAAGGUGGAAAAACUCAAGUAAUUGGGGAAAUUAAGGUUGCUCUUAAGAAGGAAGUGAAGACGGAGGGAGACCAGCUGGUCCUAGAAAUCCUUCAGUGCAGAAAUAUCACUUAUAAGUUCAAAAGCCCGGACCAUCUGCCAGACCUAUAUGUCAAGUUGUAUGUGGUUAAUGUAGCCACUCAGAAGAGGAUCAUCAAGAAAAAGACCAGAGUUUGUCGACAUGACCGAGAGCCUUCCUUUAAUGAGACCUUCAGAUUCCCCCUCAACCCAACGGGACAUUCAAUACAGCUGUUCUUGGUGUCCAACGGUGGGAAGUUUGUGAAGAAGACUUUGAUAGGUGAAGCCUACAUCUGGCUUGACAAGGUGGACAUGAGGAAGAGAGUGGUCAGCUGGCACAAACUGUUCGUCAGCUCUAACUUGACUAACCCUUGAGUGCAAAACAGCAAUUUGAAAGAAAUAAUAGGCAAAAGGGAAGAAAGAAGACAAAAGAGUAACAUAACAGAAAUAUUAAAGAAAUUAUGUAUUGAGUUUAUAGAUCUUUAGAUGAAGGGAACUAUGUGACGAUAGCAUUGCAUGUCUUGUCAGUCCAACACUGCCAGCGCAUGUUUCCCUCUUCUAAUGUCAGUUCUCUUUAGACUUUGCGUGGAUUCAAACAUGCAAAGGCAGCUGCAGACUGAUAUUUCCCUGCAAUAUGGCUUAAAGACAGUUAUGUUUUUGAUAACAUAGUUCAGUUGUAUGAUCCAUAAGAAUAAUUUUGAUAUUGCACGAGAGAACUUCACCAACUAGCUCAAGAAAAAGUUAGACAAUUUUGAUUAAUUUAAAAAAUGUAUGUAAUUGUUACGAAACUUUACAGACAUCAGUGGUGUGGAAUGCAUAAUUAUUUUUUAAUGACAGAACUUCUAAUUUAUGUCUGAAAAAAUAUGAGACUGUUGAACUUUUGCUGUGGGAUGAAGAUGAACUGUACAGCACUUCUAACAUUUCUGUUAUCCCACAUGCAGACCACAGAGCAUAUCAAAGAAUUGUACAGUGUGAUAUAUUAAAACCUUAAAAUUAACAUAUACAGAAUAUAACUAAAUACAACACGGAGUAUAAGAGUUAUUCUCUUGUUGUCAGAUUAUAUUAUCAGAUAAUAUCAACAAAAUUUCUAGGUUGAGGCAGUGGGUGGCGCACUGACAAUCCAGUAAUCUAAUGUAAAAGCAGUCCUCAUAACAUUUAGGUGAAUAUGGACCUUUGUGAGCUCAAGGUAGGCCAUAUUGUCACACUGAUGCACGUCUGUGUUGAACAGGCCACCAAUCAUGGGCCAAGUCAACAUCAAUGGAUAAAUUAUAUAACACAAGCUAUUUAGGGGGGAGACUAGAAAAAAGAAUAGCAUCUUGCACAUGCUGUGUUGAAUGUAACAAAUGUUACAAUUGUUCAGAAUGACAGACGUUUACACAUCUGUGUCAUUUGUGCAACAUUUUACUCUUAGUUUGCUGCAGUUUUUUCCUCUGUGUAGGUCUCUUCAUGUUAUCAUUGUUGCUAUGGACAUGUAAAUGAUAGAAGUUGUGUCAAAACCACGUGUAAAUCUAGAAGCUCUGUGUGACUGCUCUGCUGUCUCUGUGUUAGCAAAGACCUUCUAUUUUGGCUUUAUCUGGAAAUAAUUUCAAAAUGUAGAUAAAAAAAAAAAAAGUCAAAUGCUCCUCUGUGUCUCUGGCUGUAAAACACACAAAAACGUUUUAUCUCAGUGACUCCUGUUAAACACAGUGGACCAGCAUCUUUCACUGCCUGUGAUCAAAUUAUUUUCUCAGGCAUGAUCAGGGUCAGAGGAACACAUAGAGCCAAGUCUCAGUACCCAUGUGUAUGCAGGGGACCCAUAUAUGUAUGUUCUUGUUCAUAUUUUAAUAUUUUGCAACCACAUCAAUAAAAUCAGAAAAGAAGAUAAAGAAAAAAAUGUGAGAAAAAAAAUUAAAGAGAACUACUGUCAGUGUGUUUAAUUGUAAAGCAGGGCUGAUACAACUUUCCAUCAAGAAACACACAAAGAGCAAGAUGUCACUCAUACAUUAAGGUAUAGUGCAGAAGAUACCAUACUCAAAAUGGUAAAAUAUUUGUUGUGCCAUCCACUACUUAUUUCCUUUUUAUGUAUUAAAGGGGGGGUAUUAUGUAAAAUAAUUUUUUAGUUUUAUAUAAUGUUAUGUUAUUCCCUCAUCAAAACAUCCUUGGAGUGUUGCUUUGAUUCUUUCAAGCGUGUUUGAGAAAUCCUUGAAUGUACAGUGGCAGCCAUUCGGGGGUAACUAUACACUUGCUCGUACAAAGUGUCGCUUAUUUACCCAAAGCUCCAGCUUGAAGCUGCUUCUGCUCAACACCCCUGAACCCACGCGCCUUUCCAACUCUGCUCCAUCAGACUAGCAGCAGCAGCAGUUAGAAAACUCUUGGUGGAACUGCACAUCUGCUGAGCAUACAAACUAUUUCUCAAUCCAACGCUCCUAAGACUGCUUGACUUCCAUGAUGAUGAAAACAGCAUCAUGGAAGGGCAUUGUUAUGUUGACAUGCUGAAGGUGGAGUGUUAGAAAGAGUACAAGAAGCUUCUUAGACACAAUGACCAAUUCUGAGGCGUCAAAUUGGAAAGUCAAAAUUCUUUUAAGUUAUUUUUGAUAUAUGCAGCAUUUUCACAACUGACUGUAACGUAGUUACUUGAUUGUGCUAUAAAAUGGCACUAUGUGCCUAAAAAAUACAUAAUACCGCCCCUUUAAAUAUAUUUCUAUAUUUAUUGAUUUUUGUAUUUUCUUCUUUUGUUACAUUUUUCCAAGAACCAUUAGUUCUUUUAAGGUAACUCUAUGCAACAUAUGUAUUUGAAUGCAUUUGUGUUAUAUUCUGUGAACAUAUCGUCUAUAAAUGUCCUGUAGAAAAGUAACUAUGAUUUGUACAUUUGGUGAGAGAAAAAUAUUAAAUAUCUUUAUUUUGUACUUAUUUUAGUAUAUAUUGAUGCUAACUACAGUUAACAUCUACAUUGAGCUUGUGCACUUUAUUACAAUGUUUGUUUUUUUGUCUCGUUUUAAUUGUCGGGACAUUCCGAAUUACAUGGUUUGUGUCUCUGCACUAACAAUUAAAUGAAUCACAGUGUAUGUGGUAUGUGAUGGCAGGAACUAUUGUAGUGUACAUUUUGUAUCUAUGUGGCAAAAGAUAAACAUAUAAACAUGUAGAGGUUUCCCAAAAGGGAUGCACAAUCUCCAGUGAAAUCAACUACUCCAUACACAUAGUGUACUGAACAGUCUGUGUACACAGUGCAGUAAAUAAGAUCUCAUCUUAUUGCCCAGUCAUGACUGUCAAACCUCUUGUGUUUCAUUAGACUUCAUUCUAAAAACUGUUUAAGAUCAACCGUUGCCUGUAAUUGUGAACCCAUUCAUUUGUUGUUGUCUUGAGGGGUGUGAAUGUGCUCAAGUUGUUUGACAUGUGUACAUAAAGUGUUUAUUUUCUACAAUGACUGAAUGUUUAUAUGUCUGAGGUUUGAGCAUGUGAGUGUUAAAAAAAAAUACAAAGCAAAUCUAAAUCACAGAACACUUGUAAUUGUACAGCAGUGGGUGUCUAGAGUCCUUUAAGGAGAGUUGAGACUUCAUAAAAACAUGUGCUGUCCACUGAUGAUUAUUAGUGAGAUUAUAUCCUCGAACCUGCAAAAAGAACUUACAAGGUGGUAAAAAAAAAAAGAAAAGAAUCUGUUCAACUUAAGUAGUUGUCUGGAACUUUUAGUUUUGGAUGUUGCAUGUUUUGUUGAUGGUUUGUCUGUAUUUUGACCACAGAUUAUGUUUCAAAACAGAGAAAAUAUGUAUAGAUUUAUCUGUAUGCUGAGUGUAAAGAGAUAUGCUUGUAAAAUUGUCUUGUUUUUCACUCAGUGUAAAAACAAAGCAUAUAAUGUUAUGGUUUUGUGGUUGUACACGGGGUGUGUUGAGAUAUGCAAAUUGUGUUGUAAAAAAAACAUUUCCCUUGAGUCAAAAGAAUAAAUAUUAAGAGCUAUAUUGCAAA